CGGCAGCCAGGGGAAAAAGCAACCUGGAAUUUAUAGAGCGAAGAUUGCAAUCUGGUAAUGCGGAAAUAGAUGGACGUUUCAAGUCACCGAGUUGGCAUCCCACUCCUGGACUGAAUACCUGAUAGUUAGCACCAGAGAAAAAGGAUUGCAAUUCAGUGACACAGUAUUCAACUAUUAUUUUUUAUAUUUCUUUAUAGUGGUUAUUGUGCGUAUUAUUUGGUUCCAGUGGCAUAUAGAGCUAUACUUUCUGGUGCACGGACAGACGCACGAGGAGUAUCUGAAUAACAUUUUUUUGUUAACCUCUUAGACCUACCAUACACAAGUAGGGUUCUUUUUUUUCUCCAGUGGAUCAAAGUAAAUUGUUUUCAAAUCGCGCAUCAACAUGGACGUGUUGGCGAAUUACAGUAUUUUUCAGGAACUCCAACUCGUGCAUGAUACUGGCUAUUUCUCUGCGAUGCCUUCGCUGGAGGAGAACUGGCAGCAGACGUGUCUGGAGUUGGAGCGGUACCUGCAGACGGAGCCCAAGCGUCUAUCAGAGCUGUUUGAUGAGGAGCUCGACUGUCUCCUGACGCCCACCUUCAUGCAGGGUGCUGACAGUGACGAGGACCUGAUGGACCCACUGGACCCCCUCCUCCCGAGCCUCCCCGACCAGCCCAGCCCCCCUCCCCUCCUCGUCUCCCUCCCCAAGGUGCUACAGGCCCCACAGCCCCACAACACCAAGGCCUCCGGAAAAGAGUCUGGAGCAAAGACCACCAAGGAGGGGGUCAACGGGGUCAACGCUGCUCAGCUGAGUGCCGUCACCUCCCUCACACCACCCUCCUCGCCUGAGCUGGGCCGCCACCUGGUCAAGCCCAUGCAGACGCUCACCGCCACGGCCGACGGCACGCUCACGCUCAAACUGGUGGCCAAGAAGGUUGGUCUGAAUGCGGCCAAGCUGGUGGCCACACACUCCACUCUACCCUCGCCGCCCAGCAGGGGGGUGCACAGCGACAGCGAGCAGGGGGCUGGGUCGCUGGGGGGAGAUAUCCCAGAGAACAAGAAGAGGGUCCAUCGCUGUCAGUUCAACGGCUGCAGGAAGGUUUACACCAAGAGUUCCCACCUGAAGGCACACCAGAGGACACACACAGGUGAGAAACCGUACAAGUGCUCCUGGGAGGGCUGUGAGUGGCGUUUCGCCCGGAGCGACGAGCUGACGAGGCACUACCGCAAACACACCGGGGCCAAGCCCUUCAAGUGUACCCACUGCGACAGGUGUUUCUCCAGGUCGGACCACUUGGCCCUGCACAUGAAGAGGCACAUCUAAGGGAGCGGGAGGAGGAGAGCGAGGAAGAAGAGAGGGAGAAGGAGAGAUAGAAGGAGAGAAUAAGUAGGCAGGAUGGAAGACGAACCACACAGCAGCUUCGGCUCUCACCAUCCAGAGGCUGCCCCUGCCCGCAGAGACCCACCUGAGACCUGACACCAGGAGCAAAGCACUAUGGGAGAUGACACGCUGGAUAGACGGACGCCACGACUCCAGACGGACGGAUGGUCGGCGAGGACGGAUGAAGUGAUGGAGUGAAAGAGUCGAGGAGCAGCUUGUUUUUUAUUCACACUUCCAUGAUUCACACUUCUACUCAACAGUCUACAACCAAUUCUCUUUUAUCGUGUCAUCCGAUUAGCCAUGCCUUGUCCAAUCAGGGUUGGGAACUCACACACUGCCAAACCAAUCCGCUGAUCCAGUUACGACCCAUUUACACUCCACUGUUUCUUUUCUGUACAUUUAAACUAUGGAGCAACUUGGGAAAGGAGAUGGUUCACCCAGAAUUAUGAACUGCUUUACUUUGACACGCCAAACGUCAGUGACUUGCAGAAGUAACAAUGGGCUUCACAAACCAACAAUAACUAUUGGCCAUUUUAUUCUGGUGUGCUGUUUUCCAAUCCCAUCCCAAUUUGUGUCUCUUGUAUACGAACCCACAAACUGCAGCUAUAUGUCAACCCUCAGCAAGCUAUACCGUGUGAAAUAACAACAAUGCCAAAAUAGCGAGACGAGGGAGACCAAUGGAACUAGUGGGCAAUCCGCCAGUGGCGCCCCCUGUCUGUGGGAGUAGGGUCUGACACUUCCAGAGAGUGAGCUCUGUGACCCACAGGCACCUUGCUGUGGAUCUCUCAGGCUCUCCUGUAGGAGGCGCUCUGCUCUUCUCUCUCAGCUUCACUCCUGCCACCUCACAGGCAACAACUAACAAAUGCGCAGCGACACUUUCUUGCCUUUGUUUUGUAAAGACAACAAAUUAUUAUUAUUAUUAAGAAUGAUGGUCUGUUUUCUUUCAGCUGAAAUUUCUUAAAAAUUCACUGAAUUAAAAAAACUAAAACAUUUUAAGUACAAACGAGAAAGAAUGUGCACAUAUGGCAGGAAGGGAGGAACAUCGAACGAACGCACCCCUGCCCGUAAACACAGGCUAAACUCAGUACCUGCUAUUUAGCACUGACAGUUAAGGAGAUACAAAUUAAAUAAAAAGAAAUCACAAGAAACUCUGAAAGAAAAAGGAUUUGUAUUGUUGGCCUGAAAUGAAAGAGAAGGACCUCUGUUUUCCACUCUGUGUUUUUCUCCUGUGUGAUACUAAAAACAAACCUUGGCGUGACCUUCGAGGCAUCAGCACCAAACCAGGGCCAAAACACAACAUAAAACUGGAAAUUGUAUUUUUGCUUUGUUUGUGUGGAUCCUGGAAAUACACCUUGGAACCCCCUAUCUCCUCCAGUAUGGCGGGGGAGGGGCCUGGGAGGCUGGUCUGCUGUGACCACACACCCUAUUUGGGAGACUAGGAACUUGAUAGGCUACUGAACAUGAACCUGGGACUAAAGACACCCAACUCUCUGGGUAGUAGAAAGGACAACAUGGCCUCAUCAGCCCAGAGAGUCUUGCCUGUUUCGUAUCCAUUGUCUGCACUGACUUUUUCAAUGUUAUCUGUGCUUUUUUUUCAUAAAGUAUACAACAAAAACUGAAAAAAAGAAUACAAAGGAAAAAAAACUGCAUAAAAAUACUGAAUUAAAAAAAAACAAAUCUGUCUCUCACACACUCACACCAUACAGACACAAAUACACCGACACACAGAACAGUUUCUUUGCUCAUGGCUCCUCUUUGAGAUAAGACUCAAAUAAUGAUUUAGUUAAUGAACAGAGUUGGAAAACAAAACACUGCAUGGCAGCCUCUCACACACACACUCAGAUCGCUUCCCGGAAUUAUUUGUUCUGCUCCAAAUUUUUCUCAGUAAGGUUUUUUGCAAUUGUUGUUUUGUAAAAGACGAUCUUAUUCCGCUGGAGGUAAUGGCUUUGAAAUGAGAAAACAAGCUUGUUCUCAUGUUCAAUCAAUCACCACAAAUCAGGCCUAGGUCUCUCAGUCUCUGUAUGUUAACAAUCAGCUUCUACACCAUGGGACCAGAUUCCUCACCUGUAUGCCCCAGAUCUAUGAAGUCCUACAUAGCCUUGCAAUCAGGGCAUUAAUACCAACACCACUAUCACUAAUACUGUCACUAUUACUGUACCACUUCCUUCCCCUCUCGCAUACACACCCACCCUGGCCUCCUCACAUCAGUUGUAAUGGCUGCUUUAUCAGAGAAGAUGCCAUUACUGUCUCUAUAGUAACGUUUAUGUAUCAGCCAUGCCAGAAUCUCACAGACGAUCCCAGAGCUGCCCUCAGGUGGGCCGGUGGAGCUCCGAACAAUCAAUACCAAAAACAUCCAGCGUGGAACUACCCUCGAGCCAGGCAGGGUCUGGAACAGAACACACCGGUAUCUGGGAAGCGGACCGCCUCCAUACCAGGCCUAUUGGCACCACUGGCGCAGCAGCAGCUCUUUCUCUACAAACACAAAAACAGUGUCUCGGCAACAAAAAGACGAAGUGAAACAAGAGAUUAAGAUGAUCUUUGUGUUUUGCGUCCACUUUUUAGUUGGAACUCCUUUCUUCUUGUCUUGUUUUAACGCUACAGUGAUUAUUUUUUUAUUGCCAUGGUGGAUGAUGCAAGGUAAUGCCAAAAUUUGAGAAAUGCA